UCUCAAUUGGAACCACCUGGAACUAAUUGCCAAUUGGAUAAAGACAAAAGAAAAAUGGCCUAACUCAAAAUCGAACUUUUAUUUCGAAGGCUUUCCUCAGCAUUGGCUACAGAUAGUUCGAAUUAUUACUACGGUAAUUGACCAAUCAGAUACAAGUAUUGUCAGAACGUAACCAAAACAAAUCAAAACUAUAAAUAUGGCGGCAUAGAAACAUGAAACUGUGUAAAUAGUGCCAGCUGAUAAUAACUCAAAUUUUAUUUUCAAUAUUUACAUAUGAGUAUGUUAAUGAACACUGAGGUCUUUAUCACUUUACGUGCUAGAUAUUUCAUCCUUUGAUAAACUGACACUGUUAUAAUAUGUUAAGCGUUGAAAGUAACUCGAAGAGGCGAAAAUCUAAAACUUUGAUAUCAGCCAACAACUCGAGAAAUGAAGACGAUUCCAGGCGGCGUUCAAGUGAUCUCGGCAAGGCAGCCUCAACGAGCAAUAACGAAUCUGUUCCAUUUGACAACUUUCAGCAUAUAAUUUACGAAAAAGCCGCGAUUAUUUAUGCGUAUUUGAAGGGCGAAGCAAACACUGUUCUGCCAACAUUUCAAGACGAAAGGGUAAAGCGACGAGCAUAUAGUCUCGCAUUUGGUGCCAAGAAAUGUAAGCAAAUUCUUGAUACAUACAUUUGUUGCUUAGGUACAUUAUGCGUUGUUAAGUGCAUAUUAUAGUUUCUAAUGAGCGUAUUUAAUGUGUUAUAGGUUCCUAACAAUUGGGUGCUAUAUGAGACUGUAUAUUAAUACACUGUAUAACAAUGCGUCUGAAAUAUUCAACUUCCCAAACCAAGUUUGAGAAACUGAGAAAGUGUUCUGUAGAUCUAUGUUCAGUUUUAAUUCAUUUAUCGGCAGACCUGUUUAUAGAUUUAGCAAUCAUUUUUCAUUAACAUUCGUCGAUUUGUUUAGAUAGACUGUCCAAUGAAAAUUGGAGUAUGAAAUUAAUUUUUUGUUAUCCAUUCAUGAAAUCCAUUUGAUAAUCCCUAAAAUUGGAAAACUGAUUACUUAACCAUUCGAGGCUGUUAAUGACAUAUGUAUGUAAAUUCUAUUUUAAAGCUCUCCAUUUAUCUGUUAAUCCAGGGAUUAACAGGCCUGAGAGAUUUUAAAAAUUGUUCACUGCACUAGUGCUGUAUAUUAUGCACAUUAAUGAUUGAACGGUUUGUAGAUGGAAAUUACAGGUGUAUCGAGUGUAUAAAUUUUCUAUACAUUUAUUAGACCUAACCAGGAACACUGAGAAAAAUGCAACUACUGUAUACGUCCUCUGACUGGAAUCAAACCUGUGCCGUGGCCAUGCGAUUCCGGUUGGAUAAUCAACUGAGCUACAAGGUCCAGUUGUCGUUCUCUAACCACAAGUUCAUGUAUAUAUUAUACUAGGGUACUGCCAUGUUAAUGUAUGGGUAAAUAUCUUGUAGCUCAGUUGGUUAGAGCGCCACACCAGAAUCGCAGGGCUGCAUGCAGGUUCGACUCCUGCCAGGGACCAACAGUUGCAUUUUCCUCAGUUGACUGUUCCUUAGUCCUCAGAGGUGUAACUUAACACUUGCCCGGGGCAAGUGAAUAUCAUGACGGGCAAGUAAACAUUUUAUCUUGAUUGUCCAACUGGGCAAGUUGCCUUGCCACAAAAAUCUGGGCAUCCUUAAGUUUAAUAUGUUUUCAUUUUCAGAUAUAACUUUUUUAUUAAUUCAAAUUUUCUUGGGCCAAAGCUAGAUCUGAGGCAGUAUAACAGAGCCAUAUACAGCAGUGGGAGAACGGGUUGACAUGUUCUCCCCUUAAUGACCUUGUCUGAUGGCAAGUGAAUCUUAUCUGACAGGGCAACUAAUUUUCAUGUCCAACUUGUCCUGGCAAGUGGUCAAAAAACUAACGUUACACCACUGAACUUGCCAACAAACUUGCUACAAAUCUAUUGCAAACACAUCUUGUUGACAAGUUGUUGGAACAGCAUUGUCACAACUUGUUAACAUGCUUGCUACAAGCCUGUUGGGGAGGCAUCCUUUUCACAAGUUGUCGAAAAAACAGCAUUCCAGUCAAACCUACAUAAUUGCAAACACAUCUUGUUGAAAAGUUGUUGGCACAGCAUUGCCACACUUGUUAACAUGCUUGCUACAAGCCUGUUGGGGAGGCAUCCUGUUGACAAGUUGUUGAAGCAGCAUUGCAGUCACAACUUGUUAACAAGCUUGCCACAAACCUAUUGCAAAUACAUCUUGUUUACAAAUUGUUGGAACAGCAUUGUCACAACUUGUUAACAAGCUUGCUACAAGUCUGUGGAGGAGACAUCCUGUUGAACAGCAUUGAUACAACUUGUUAACAAGCUUGCUACAAACCUACAGUAUUGCAAAUACAUCUUGUUGACAAGUUGUUCGAAAAGCAUUGUCACAACUUGUUAAUAAGGUUGCUACAAACCUAUUGCAAACACAUCUUGUUGACCAGUUGUUGGAACAGCAUUGUCACAACUUGUUAACAUGCUUGCUACAAGCCUGUUGAGGAGACAUUCUGUUGACAAGUUGUUGAAACAACAUUGCAGUCACAACUUGUUAAGAAGCUUGCUACAAACCUAUUCCAAACACAUCUUGUUGAAAAGUUGUUGGAACAGCAAUGCCACACUUUGUUAACAAGCUUGCUACAAACCUAUUGCAAACACAUCUUGUUGACAAGUUGUUGGAACAGCAUUCUCACAACUUGUUAACAAGCUUGCUACAAACCUACAGUAUUACAAACACAUCUUGUUGACAAGUUGUUGGAACAGCAUUGUCACAACUUGUUAACAAGCUUGCUACAAACCUAUUGCAUCUUGUUGACAAGUUGUUGGAACAGCAUUCUCACAACUUGUUAACAAGCUUGCUACAAACCUACAGUAUUACAAACACAUCUUGUUGACAAGUUGUUGGAACAGCAUUGUCACAACUUGUUAACAAGCUUGCUACAAACCUAUUGCAAACACAUCUUGUUGGCAAGUUGUUGGAACAGCAUUCUCACAACUUGUUAACAAGCUUGCUACAAACCUACAGUAUUUCAAACACAUCUUGUUGACAAGUUGUUGGAACAGCAUUGCCACAACUUUGUUAUUAACAAGCUUGCUACAAGUCUGUGGAGGAGACAUCCUGUUGACAAGUUGUUGGAAAAGUAUUGUCACAACUUGUUACGAAGCUUGCUACAAACUUAUUACAAACUCAUCUUGUUGUGGCAAGUUGUUGGAACAGCAUUGUCACAACUUGUUAACAUGCUUGCUACAAGCCUGUUGAGGAGACAUUCUGUUGACAAGUUGUUGAAACAACAUUGCAGUCACAACUUGUUAAGAAGCUUGCUACAAACCUAUUCCAUACACAUCUUGUUGAAAAGUUGUUGGAACAGCAAUGCCACACUUGUUAACAAGCUUGCUACAAACCUAUUGCAAACACAUCUUGUUGGCAAGUUGUUGCAACAGCAUUGUCACAACUUGUUAACAAGCUUGCUACAAACCUAUUGCAAACACAUCUUGUUGACAAGUUGUUGGAACAGCGUUCUCACAACUUGUUAACAAGCUUGCUACAAACCUACAGUAUUACAAACACAUCUUGUUGACAAGUUGUUGGAACAGCAUUGUCACAACUUGUUAACAAGCUUGCUACAAACCUACAUUAUUUCAAACACAUCUUGUCGACAAGUUGUUGGUCUGGAACAGAAUUGUCACAACUUUGUUAUUAACAAGCUUGCUACAAGUCUGUGGAGGAGACAUCCUGUUGACAAGUUGUUGGAAAAGUAUUGUCACAACUUGUUACGAAGCUUGCUACAAACUUAUUACAAACUCAUCUUGUUGUGGCAAGUUGUUGGAACAGCAUUGUCACAACUUGUUAACAUGCUUACUACAAGCCUGUUGAAAAGGCAUCCUGUUGACCAGUUGUUGAAACAGUAUUGCAGUCACAACUUGUUAACAAGCUUGCCACAAACCUAUUGCAAAUACAUCUUGUUUACAAAUUGUUGGAACAGCAUUGUCACAACUUUUAAUAAGCUUGCUACAAGUCAGUGGAUCCUGUUGACAAGUUGUUGGAACAGCAUUGUCACAACUUGUUAACGUGCUUGCUACAAGCCUGUCGAGGAGACAUCCUUUUCACAAGUUGUCGAAACAGCAUUCCAGUCAAACCUACAUAAUUGCAAACACAUCUUGUUGAAAAGUUGUUGGCACAGCAUUGCCACACUUGUUAACAAGCUUGCUACAAACCUAUUGCAAACACAUCUUGUUGGCAAGUUGUUGCAACAGCAUUGUAACAACUUGUUAACAGGCUUGCUACAAACCUAUUGCAAAUAACUUGUUAACAAGCCAAGCUACAAACCUAUUGCAAACACAUCUUCUGGAGACGUUGUUGGAACAGCAUUGUCACAGCUUGUUAACAAGCUUGCUACAAACCUAUUGCAAACACAUCUUGUUGAGAAGUUGUUGGAACAGCAUUGUUACAACUUGUUAGCAAGCUUGCUACGUCCUUGUUGAGGAGUCAUCUUGUUGAAAAGUUGUUGGAACAGCAUUGCAACAAGUUGUUAGCAAGCUUGCUACAAACCUAUUGCAAACACAUCUUUUUGAAACGUUGUUGGAACAGGAUUGUCACAACUUGUUAAGAAGCUUUCUAUAAACGUUGUUGGAACAGCAUUUUGUCACAACUUGUUGACAAGGUUGCUACAAACCUAUUGCAAACACAUCUUGUUGAAAAGUUGUUGGAACAGCAUUGCCACAACUUGUUAACAAGCUUGCUACAAACCUAUUGCAAACAAGUCUUGUUGAGAAGUUGUUGAAACGGAAUUGUCACAACUUGUUAACAAGCUUGCUACAAACCUAUUACAAACACAUCCUGUUGAAAAUUUGUUGGAACAGCAUUGCCACAACUUGUUAACAAGCUUGCUACAAACCUACAGUAUUGCAAGCACAUCUUGUUGACAAGUUGUUGGAACAGCGUUGAUACAACUUGUUAACAAGCUUUCUACAAACCUAUUGCAAACACAUCUGAUUGACAACUUGUUGGAACAACAUUGUCACAACUUGUUAACUUGCUUGCUACAAACCUAUUGGAAACACAACUUGUUCACAAGUUGUUGGAACAGCAUUGUCACAACUUGUUAACAAGCUUGCUACAAAGCUGUUGCGAAAAAUCUUGUUGAGAAGUUGUUGGAACAGCAUUGGCACAACUUGUUAACAAGCUUGGUGCAAUCCUGUUGAGGAGACAUCUUGUUGACAAGUUGUUGGAACAGCAUUGUCACAACCUAGAGAGGUGUAACUUAACAUUUGCCCUCUUGCCGGGGGCAAGUGAAUAUCAUGACGGGCAAGUAAACGUUUUACCUUGCUUGCCAGCUGGGCACCUUUAAGUUUAUGUUUUUAUUGUCGGAUAUAAGUGCAUGUACUAUUGUUCCCAGUAAAUUGCGAAACGACCGUUUUUUUAGGCGGUUUGUCAGUGACAGUUUUGUCAAUUACGAAGGACAUAUUUGUGUACCUCGUGGUCACAACUCGUUGCAAGCAGCGUGUGAAAAACUGCAAGUUUCAGUUUGACAGUUCUGACAGUUUAAUGGUUUCUAAUUUUAUUGUCCAAUCAGAUGCGUAGUUUUGAUUUAAAAUUCAAAACUACGCAUCUGAUUGGACAAUAAAAUUAGACACUCAUUUAACUGUCAAACUGAAACUUGCAGUUUUUCACACGCCGACGCCGCUUGCAACGAAUUGGGAUCACGAGGUACACAAAUAUGUCCUUCGUAAUUGUCAAAACUGUCACUGACAAACCGCCUAAAAAACGGUCGUUUCGCGUUUACUGGGAACAAUAGUACUUGAUUCAAAUUUUGUUUUUCUUGGGCCAAAGCUAGGUCUGAGGCAGUAUAAUAUGGCCAUAUAGAGCAGUGGGAGAACGGGUCGACAUGUUGUUCCCUUAAAUUAUACCCCCUGCCCAGGUACCCCAGUGGCCAUUGUCUGAUGGCAAGUGAAUUUUAUUCAUGCAGGGCAACUAAUUUUCAUGUCCAACUUGCCGGGAGGGCAAGUGGUCAAAAAAGUAAAGUUACACCACUGGGACUCCUAAUAAAUGUAAUACUAUAUAAAUUUCCUCUCGAAAAUUUACAUCUACAAUUUCCUUCAACUAUUAUUCAAUCGAGUGAGGUCCAAACAAAAUCUUCAUAUUUACCCUAACAUUUAUUAAUAGUGUGUUUUGUUGACUCUGAAAACUUAGAGAGAGGGUGUUAACUGGGCUAGGUUGAUUUGUACCUUAUCAGACGUGUUAACUUUACAUGAGAGGAAUUAGAUGUCGUGCUAGAGCUCAUUUAAAAUAUCCAGAUAUGAUGCUUGUGAUGUUACUCUGAGUGUAUAUCCACACCGAGCAAGCUUGAAAAAUAUGCCUGGCCACGGUGGAAAUCGAACCUACGACCUUUACAAUACUAGCCCAAUGCUCUGCCAACUGAGCUACGCGGUCAGAACGAUUCGAGUAUGUGAUAUUUCGGAACUGAGUCUAGUUCCUUCUAUAUCUAUGCAAUAUUACUAGAUUGCUAGAUUGCAUGAACUAGACUCAGUUCCGAAGGAACUAGACUCAGUUCCGAAAUAUAUCACAUACUCGAACCGUCCUGACCGCGUAGCUCAGUUGGCAGAGCAUUGGGCUAGUAUUCCAAAGGUCGUACGUUCGAUUCCCACCGUGGCCAGGCAUAUUUUUCAAGCUUGCCCGGUGUGGAUGUACACUCAGAGUAUUAUCACAAGCAUCAUAUUCACCUGAGUACAUUACACCAACACAGGAAAAAUCAUAUCCAGAUAUUUUAACAAUGUUGUUCCAUUUUGUAACAAUGCCUUAGUUAUAUUGUUCGCAUAGUUCGCAAUGAUCAACACGCACGCAUGCUAUAUUUCUUAUCACACACAAAAAAUUAUACAAGAGCCUGGGUUCUAGUGUUCAACAUUUCGCGAGAGCGCUUACAUACUGUAUCUUUAACCUUUACCAUUUUUGUCAUUUUAUAUACUGGACUGUUAUUUUUUAUAUUGGACUGCCAUAUAUGAUGUAAUUUAUACUGAUUGUUUAAAAAUUCCAAAAGCGUUUUGCAAGUCGAGAUUGUCUUGCACCGAGAUUGAAGCUACAUGUAUCAAAAUGCAGGACACCAUACGUUCUCUGAAAUCUACACAUGCAGGACAUUUUAUAUUUGACCUACACAGGGAAUUUUCAUUUUUCGAUUUUGCUGCUAGGAAGAGAAAUAAAUUUUCUAGACCUGGACUACAAAGUGGUUUACUACUUUUUGUGACAGAAUAAAAUGCGGGUUAAGCAUUCCUUUGACGCAACAUAUUCUUUUGACUCGUAUAAAGUAGGCUAGUGUAUACCUGACGGCCACCCUGUCUAUUGCCGUUAUUGUGUUUUUGGUACGAUAAGAUAAGUGUAUUUAUUUUUUUUCUUAUGUCGAAAAAUAUUUAGAUGAAUCUGUUUUAAACGAUAUUUUGCUGGAUAGCUACUUCUUCUCGAGUUACUUUAAGGUAUGUUGCAUGUUUUGUAUGCUGUAAUGAUAGUGAAAGGAAUUAUGUGUUGUUAUUAUUACCCUCUGAAGAAUGUAUAAAUAUGAAAACGGACCCUAAUUAAUGAGCCAGAUGGCCCAGAUACAAACGGCACUAGUCGAAUUAUUUGAAUAAUUAUAUAAAAUUAUUCAAAUAAUCUAAAGAACUACUGUGUAAUUGACUGACGUUCUAUGGCAAGGACAGUGACGAAGUAUAAAUUGCUAUGCUGUACUUGAUACGUUUGCGGUAAAUUCCUUUUUCUCAUUCAGUAAGUUUUAUUAUAAUAUACCCAGGUUGAUAAUCGUACACGUUUUUCGCGUGCAUGGUCACAAUUUUGCAAAAACGAGUAGCUAAUGCAUGAGGCAAAGCUAGAGAUGAAAUAAAAGAACUAAAAGUUCUUAUGCAUGGCUUUAGAAAGUAUACCCUUUACAAAAUUGGGAUGCCUUUGUAUGUAGAUAUGCCACAUGUGUUUUUGCACAAGGAAAAUAGUGUUGAACGCCUUGAGUUCUAAAAUACAAGCGGUUUCGUUUUGCAUGUGAACCCUUACGGAAAUUUCACACGAUUUCACAUGUCCAAUCUAUAUGUGGAAUUGGAACACUUCACAUUGAAAUUGAUUUCAAAAAAUAAAACAACCUGAAAGCUAGAAUUAUAUUUUCUGCACGAUUAACGAAAAGAAUAUUAGAAUGUUAGGGUUUGGAAUCCAAGUGAGAAUAUAUACAUUUUAAGACCUAACCAGGAACAACUGCGAAAAAUGCAGCAGAAGGUCCUCUGGUAGGAAUCGAACCUACGGCCCUGCGAUUCCGGUGCAGCGCUCUAACCAACUGAGCUACAGAGGCCAAGUCCUGGUUAGGUCUUAAAAUGUAUAUAUUCUCACUUGGAUUCCAAACCCUAACAUUCUAAUAUUAAUUCCACCAAGUGAAGUGCAGAAUCUAAGUCAUGAAAUCCACCUUAUCACAACCCGCACACCCGAUUACUUAUAUAUACAUGAACUUACGGUUAAAGCUCAACAGCUGGCCUCUGUAGCUCAGUUGGUUAGAGCACUGCACCGGAAUCGCAGGGCCGUAGGUUCGAUUCCUACCAGAGGACCUUGUGCUGCAUUUUUCGCAGUCGUUCCUGGUUGGGUCUUAAAAUGUAUAUAUUCUCACUUGGAUUCCAAACCCUAACAUUCUAAUGUCAAUGCUAUACCCUGUCUCCAAAAAAGGAAACCUUUAAAAAUUAUCCUAUAUUGUUAUAAUAAUAAUUUUAUAUAUAUAUAAUUUGAAUGCCUAAGCACUACGCUGAACCAACGGGUGCAUGCGUAAAAGAAGUCGACGUCUAUUUGGUGAGUUGCGAGUUGCUAGCCACGCUUUGAAUGAGGCUUUGAAAGUAUAUUAAUAUGGACGACAUGGAAGGCGAAGUUAAAGGUAUUUUUAUUCAUAAAUAUUAACAAUAACUUUGAAGUUAAGUUCCCUGUAAUGGACCUAUUCCCUAAUGAACAAAAUUUUGAUCUAGAUAAGUCAAAUAACUAAGACAGAACUAAGUAAGGCAGUCAUGGAGAACUGUCAUGUCAAUUUGAGCUCCGCAAAUUCAAGCCAAAUUCUGGCAAAUUCAUUGUUGGAUUUUAUGAAUGAAAGUGUUAAGAAUCCUACAAAUAAUGUGGAAAGUAAAGUACUUUCAUCUCUUGUUUUUAUUGACGAAAGCGGUUACUGCUGGAAAGGCAAUUUAGCUCAAUUAAAGAAUUUCGUACAAAAUGACUUAAACUUAAUCGGCAAAUGGUCAUCGCCUGGCGGUGAAACGAAGCUAUUUAAGAACACCGAGAUUAUCCUUAAAUGGACUGGGAAAACGCGAAAGAAGCUGAUAAUUGAAAAAGACAGCGAAGUAAAUCUCGUGGCGAACACGCUAAAACGUUUAUGUGAUGGUGAAUAAUGACAGAUGUGAUUUGCUUAGAUACAGCAACGGCGUGUAAAGAGUCCAUUGAUAACAAAGCUAAGCAAUCGGUAGCGGCUGACUCUGAAUUUUCAACUAGGCUAUAUGGGCGGCAAUAAAUGGGAUUCAAGACGUGGUGACGGCCAAAUUGGAUGAAGUAACAUUAGCCCACGACAAUAAACUUGUAAGUGAAUAGAAGCUGAGGUAUGUAAAGUACGAUCUAAUUACGAAAGGAAAAUUGAAAAUUUGAAUAAUAAAUGUCAUGAUUUAUUACUUAAACUUGAAUGUAAGAAGGCGCUCGAAGAUAAAGUAAAUAAACUUGAAGUUUUGGUCGGCAAUCUUAAAGCAGACAUACAGGAUCUACGAAAUGAGAAUGGUUUGUUCAAAUUGCCCUGGAUUUCAUCACGUGUCCAAGUCACGGUCCACGCCUAAAGUAAAACAAAAAAACACCGGGAACAAUGACCUAGACUUAAUUGGUACAAUUAACAUUCCUGAUGAACCGAUAACUAUUGUUGAGAAACAACCCCAGGAUUUAAAUAAAAAUUUAGAGUUAAACACCUCUCUCAGUUAGCAAUAAGACUUCUCGGGCCGACAAAGGAUCGGUGUACAAUCCUCAGAUGAAUUCAGUUAUUGUAUGUAUUGAGGCAAGAAAUCAACCUAGAAGAAAUCCACCGAGAGGGCCACGUACGAGCAAUGUUACCAAACGUAAUUCCGCUAUUCCCAGCCAACCUUUGCCCAAGCACUUGGUACCUUGCCCAUUUCUAAGACGGAGAGGCUUUUGCCUAAAGGGUCCCUUGUGUGACUUCCAUGAGCACAAAGAUUCUCAAUCGUUCAAUAAUCCAACCAAUAAUUCGUCGAAUAACCCGUUCUAUUGUUCGUCCAAUAAUCGACCAUGAAGAGUGUCCAAUAACCUACAGCGAUACCCUCGUAACUUGGGCUAUACAUCUUAUCCAAAUAUAUCACAACCUAUUACUAAUCAUUUUCCUUUUCCUGUGAAUCGAAGCCAUUUCCCCCCGUUUCAACCCCCACAGUAUCAUCCAAUGCUUCGACCAUAUGUAUACCCACCACCUCUGUUGACAUCAAUAUAACUCCUUUACGGCCCCCUGUCGUGUUCCCCUUAGCACCACCUACAAUAACGUUUACUACCAUGCCUUUGAGUGUUGUAUAUCGUCCUCGAAAAGUGAAAAGCAACAUUUCAAAUAAAAAACAUUGUGUAAAAGCGAAUGAAAGCAUGCAUACCCAAUUUCAACCAAUUAUCCUUCCCCUGCCUAGUCAAUCAGAUAACCAGAAUCAGAGUGUAAUACCCAAACCAGUAGAUGAACAACCUAUUGCUGUCAGAAUUACCAACCGAGAAAGAGGUCCCUCCAAUAAUGAUAGAAAUAUUAAUAAAACAAACUUGAAAGUUAUUAAACUUUUAAACGAACAAAGUUCAUCUCGGUUGUGUCUUCCUAAACUGAUGAUAACAAAUGCUCGUUCCCUUUUAAACAAGCAUGAUGAAGCCUAUUCAGUGACCGUAGCCAAUGGUGUUGAUCUCUUUGCCGUCACUGAGACUUGGUUACAUUCUCAAGUACCUGACGAAGUUAUUAGUAUGCCGUCAUUUCAAUUAAUUCGGAAAGACCGUAUAAAUGACCGUCGUGGUGGGGGAGUUUGCUGUUAUGUAAAAGAUUAUAUUAAUUGCAUUCAUUUAACAGAGUUGGGGAAUGAUGAUUUUGAAGUAUUGUGGGUCUUACUCAGACCUAAUCGCCUGUCUCGUGGAGUUAAUUCCAUUGUUGUUGGAGUUGUUUAUCACCCCCCCUGGAUAUGAUAAUAAAGAUCUAAUGAGUUCUAUCCAAUCAACUUUAGAUAGUAUCCUUGAUUCCUCUCCUAAUGCGUCUAUUAUUCUGACUGGAGACUUUAAUCAUUUUAACUAUCGAGAUUUGUAUUCCUCAUUUAACCUAAAACGACUUGUUAAAGUACCGACAAGAGGUCAAAAUAUACUUGACCUAGUCUUAACCAAUCUCCAUAAAUACUAUAAUCAACCUGAAACCUUACCUCCAAUUGGAAGUUCUGACCACAAUGUAGUACUUCUAUCUCCCAAGACAACUAGACCAAAGGGAAAGAAAUCAAAAGUGCUUGUGCGUGAUACCUGCAGUUCCAAGAGACACUUGUUUUUGAAAAAAUUAAAAAACGUGAACUUUACUCCAGUUUUGUAUCAACCAUCGUGUCAACAGAGGUAUGAACUUUUUGACUGUAUCUUGAAUGACGUCAUUGAUAAAACCUUACCAUUUAAGUCCGUAAAAACCUAUUCCCUGGACAAACCUUGGAUAUCCACAGAAAUUAAACGAGCUAUAGCUGAAUGGCAGAAAGCUUGGAGAGUAUUGGGACCACAGUCACCAGAGUUUCGAUCGUUGAGAAAUAAGACAAAUCGAUUAGUGAAAAAAAAAAAAACAACAACAACGCUAUUUUAAGAACAAAAUCAUGCAGUGUGGAAAAUCUGAUAAUCGGCGGUGGUGGAAAGAAGUGAAACGCCUUGCUGGAAUGAAUAAUACUAGCCAAGUGUCUAGCAUUCUUCACAACGACUGUUUGCUCAAAGGAGUCGACUCUCGUUAGAUAUGAUGGAAAUAAAGUCAGACCUCAAACAAAUGAGCACAUUAAUGAAAAUUUUUUAUCACGAAUCUACUCCAGUCAAGCGCCGUUCCACCGAUCAUCUUUGUAGUGUAAAUACAUGUGAAGUAGGCAUUCAAACGGAUAUCGAAUUCACUCAAUAUCCUAACCAGAGGGGAGAGCGUUGUGCAAGCAGGUGUAAUGAAUUGUCGACUGAAUUCGAGGGCUUAAGACUCGAUUUGGUGAUCUCCGAGUCGAAGAUUGAUAACAAAAUUCGAAUCAAUGGCGAUGCAAUAAAUCAAGUUCAGGCAGAAUUCGCCAUUAUUCAAAAUCAGCUCGGUGAAGUUGUUCAACAGGUCGAUCGUUUAGUUAACACAAACGAGAACAACAACACCAAUAACAAUAGCAUUGCAGAAAGUAUUGUUAGAACGGCUAAUGAGAACAAUGGUCUUAUCAAUACUAUCGAAACACUAUGCAAAGGGCUGAAAACUAUGAUAGCCUUGUGUAAUGCAAAUUUUGUUAAUCACUCAGAUCAACCAACAAGGUCUUAGCUAGGAUUUUAGAUCUUGGGCGUGUUUCUAAAUGACCAAGGUAUGCACAUGCCAAUAACCGGUACCUUGAAUAGCCAAAUUCAGGGUUCUAGUUAUGCCUAACCAACAGACAAUGCCUGUGGUUGUUCUAUGCUUUGGAACCAAAUACAAGGCGAGGAUACGCUCAUAUUGCGCACUGACAUUCAAGAAUUAAGUUCUUUCAAUCAGCAACUCUUGGGGGUAUUUAAAACCAUUUUACAGUAACACCAGAUCGUUAUAGUGUGUACUUUUUUACGACAUAAAUAUAGGAAGAAAUUAUGUCCGUAACACCUCAUUUUUUGAACCUACCCAGCCUUAUACAAAUAAUGAAGCCGCGUUCAUUAUAUCUAGCCGUGUUUUUCCAUUUUUGCCCGUGAUAACACGGCCCUCUAGCUAAGACCCUGUCAACCAAGCGUCUCGCCAACUUCAACACUUGACCGAACUAACAUCACCCCGUCAUCAACAGAACCUAUACAACAACAGCAUCAAAGCCUAAAUCCCUUUGCAGUUUGUAACUUUCAGGACGAAUCAUGUAUAAAAUCUUUCGUCACAGUUGAGGAAGCCAGUAUAACAUCAGAGGCUCUUAGCCUUGAUAACACCCUAUCGAAUUCCUAUCUCAAUGUCAUAUCCAUUUUGGAUGAUCAACAAGCCGGCUUAUCCUCACCUAAUGGAAACUCCACCACAGUCGAAGAGAUCGGUACAGGCAUUGACCAAAAUUAUAGUCCGUCGACUAUGCCCCCAUCGUUUGAUGAUCAAUUGAAGGAAUAUCGUACUAAGCACUCUCACACCGACAGAAUGAUAGAUGUCCAUAAUAAUUCUGGAAUAACACACCAAAAAACUACAAGGAAAGCAACCCGAAACCGCAAAAACACUAGAUCUAGUCAAGUCAAAUCGAAGCGAUGCAAUUAUAUGCCACAACCCAUAUCACAUAUAGAUACCUCUGCAUAUAACCGGAAAAAUUUUCGGAAGAAUUGCUCUUCAAAUCGGCCACCGGACUGGGGAAACUACCUGAUCCUUGUAAACAAAUUAACGCAGAAAACAGAGUUAAGACAAUCGACAAGAGUUUAA